CCCUAAAAAACUGACCCAUCAAAUUAUGAGCAUGAUGGUGCACCCGUUCAAGCAUAAGCCGGCCGGCCGGCUUGGUAUGGUAUGAUAUGGGUGUGGAAAUUAACACAUUGCAUAAAUAAACAUGCCAUAAACGCGCUGACGACUCUUUACUAAAAAUAAUAAUUUGCUUGUGGAGGAAAAGGAUAGAAAGCGAACUGCUAACCGUAGAAAAAACUAAUAAGUCGUCGUCGGUUUGAUAAGCAUUGUUGUGAUUAGUAUAUAUUAAAUUAAAUAGCACACAUUUUGAUUAAGGGUUUUAUGUCACUGCUAUAUAUACGUCAUCUGCAGACUUGGCCGGCGGGGCCUUUAUAAACAUCUCCAACUCCCAAAGUCUCGUUAUUAUUAUUAUUAUCUCUCACUUCAAUUCACUGCUCUUAAAUGGAAACUUUCAGCAAGUCAUCGGCAGUUGUGGCGGUGGUGGUGGUAGCGGUGACGGCAUGGCUAUGGCGGAUGAUGAACUGGCUCUGGUUCAAACCCAAGCAGCUGGAGAAUCGCCUGAGAAACCAAGGCUUCGACGGCCGGCCGUAUCGGUUUCCGAAGGGCGAUCUGAAGGAAGCCGUCGAGAUGCUGAAAGAAGCAAAGUCGAGACAGUUGGACGUCUCCAACGAUGCUGCCCUCCGUGUCUUACCCUUCCAUUACCACACCGUCCAGAAAUACGGGAAGAAAUCGUUUACAUGGUUCGGACCAGUGCCAAGAGUGCACAUCAUGAACCCUGAACACAUCAAAGAAGUGUUAGCAAAAGUUUACGAGUACCCAAAGCUGAGGAGCAACCCACUGAGGAGGCUGUUAGUCAGGGGAGUUGCAAGCUACAACGGCGAGAAAUGGACACAUCACAGAAGGAUUCUCAACCCUGCGUUCCAUCAGGAGAAGUUGAAGUUGAUGGUGCCAGCGUUCUAUAGAAGUUGCAAAGAGAUUGUUGAUGAGUGGGAGAAGGUGGUGAAAUCUGAGGGAAUGAUCAGCUCGUGUGAAUUGGAUGUAUGGCCUUAUUUACAGGACAUGACUUGUGAUGUAAUUUCCAGAACAGCAUUUGGAAGCAGUUACAAAGAAGGGGCAAGAAUUUUCGAAUUGUUAAGAGAAAUGGGUACUCUUAUUGUACAGAUUGCCCAACAAAUUUAUAUACCAGGAUGGAGGUUCGUACCAACCAAAGCAAACACUAGGAUGAAACAAGUGCACAAGGAGAUUCAAGAACUAAUGGAGGGGAUCAUCAACAAGAGAGAGAAAGCAAUGAGAAUGGGCAUGGACGUUGUCACCAACAACGACUUGCUCGGUGUUCUGAUGGAAUCAAACAACAAAGAAGGAAAUAUGACAGUAGAGGAAGUGAUUGAGGAAUGUAAGUUGUUUUAUUUGGCUGGGCAAGAGACUACCUCCUCACUACUUGUUUGGACAAUGAUCCUUCUCAGCAAGUACCCAGCGUGGCAAGAAAGUGCAAGACAAGAGGUCUUGCACGUCUUUGGCACAAAACAUGACAUCGACUCCAGCACACUCGACUCGAGCAGUCUCAGCCAGCUUAAGACCAUGACCAUGAUCCUAAACGAGGUUCUCCGACUGUAUCCUCCAGUAACGCAGUUGAUUCGGAUUAUCGAGAGAGAUACGGAGCUCGGCGAUUUCAUUCUGCAUGCAGGAACUCAGGUGGCCCUACCAUCGAUUCUCAUCCACAAGGACCCCGAGAUUUGGGGGAAAGACGCGGGGGAGUUCAAUCCAGAGAGAUUUUCCGAUGGAGUUUCUAAGGCGACGAAGAACCACAAUCAACAGGGUGCAUACUUUUUUCCCUUUGGAGGGGGUCCUCGGAUUUGCAUUGGCCAGAGUUUCGCUCUUAUGGAAGCUAAGAUGGCUUUGGCAAUCAUACUUAAGAGGUUUUCCUUUGAGCUUUCACCGUCAUAUGUCCAUGCUCCUUCCGCAGCCGUUACACUCCGGCCACAAUUCGGUGCUCGACUCAUCCUUCAUAAGCUCUGAACAAAACAAAAUAAACAGUGGAUCAUCCUUUUUGUAUAAUUAGCUUCUUUUGUAUGCAUGUGAGCAAGGAAUUCCCACGUUUUGUUGGUUAUUACAGAACUGGUCACCUUUAAUUUCUACCAGAUUAUAAUGAAAAAAAUGAGAGAUUAAUGAAGCAGAAUUUAAUCUUUUAAAGAUUUUUUUUUCAUAUGAGAGUACUCGAUUGUCUACAUUAUUUGGCUAGAUUACUUAAAGUUAACCCCGACUCAAGAAUAAGGAUUAACAGGGAUUGCUAUUCGUCUCUCUAAAAUAGUUUAUUCGUCGCCCUAAAUCUUAUUGAAUUACACAAAUACCCUUUUUCGUGGGUAUCGAACAGGUUUUCAACCCAUCCCAAACAUUCCGGGAAAAGUUUUCAACCCUUAUCAAUAGUGAUGGUGCAUGCUGGCCCGUCUUUUGAUCCCUUGCAAUUGCUGCUUUUGUUCGGCUCUAGAUGCUGAAAGUAUGGACAUGGAAAUUGAUUUGUCAAACUUGGGAACAACGAAUACAAUGUUGCUGCAUUAUAUAUUCAGCAAGCUUGGCGUUCCUAUCAUUAUUAAGACAACAAUUCAUGCUAAUGUACUAAAAAAAGCUCUGAAUGGGACGAUUACAAUCAGACCCCCUCCAGUUGGCACAUCAGUCAGCGGGAAGCAGUGGCUUCGUCCUCCUCCACCCAACAUCAGCAUCACGACAGCGGCAGAGAGCAGUUCUGGGUUUCGCCAAAGAAUGAGAGGCGGCGGAUUUCGGUUGCCGAGAGAAGGUUCUAGGGUUUAGAUUUGAUUUGGAAUAGGGGCAUAUGUGUCAUUUCAGUGUAGUUUAGGACGAUAAAAUUUAAGUUUUAGGGCGACGAAUAACGAUUCAGUUAACUAUAUGCUAUACACACGCCACACAAACCCUCAUUUUACAAAAUAACCGAAUGGCUAAUUACAGAAUGGAACACCAUCAAUUAUUAAUCAAUACCUAGCUACCCAACUAACACAUGACUGAGCAAUUCCAAAGGUGAAGUGGUGCAUAUAUAGAAAAAAAAAAAAGGUGAAGUGGUGAACAAUAGCUUCCGCUUAGUGUCAUGUAAUUGAUUUGGCUGGACUUCGAUCAAUUACAUCUGUGCAUAAUGAACCGGCCUUGUUGCAUCAAAAACCGCCAAAAUAAGGAAAAUUACAGCCUGCAAGAGAGUUUGUGUUGUAAUUAGAAAAUAAUAAACAAAAACAAAAAAAAGACUUCUACGCAGAAUAUAUAUGACUUGUACAUAGUAACUUUUUUUUUUUUUUUUUUGCAGUAGAAACAAGAGGGAAAAGAAAACAUACAAGAACAACGCAGGCAAUGUAUCCGGGCUUCUCGCGGUUGUCGUACUUGGAACAUAAUAAGAACCCAACUCCAAUAUACCAUGGAAAGACAAAGAAGAAUCCCAAUAUGAACCUUAUAUCACAAAUCACAUUAAAUCAGCAUUAGUUUUACAAAAUUUCUUACAGAAUGACCUUAAUUAUUACAAGCAAAUUUUAUCAUUGUCUCUUUAUUAUCCCAACGUGCAUAAUGAGAAAAAUGUUUUAGGUGGUCAACCAAGUUGUCACCUAUGACGGUCAAGUCAAUAACUUAUCAGCGAAAGGGUUUACCAUGAUCAUAUUAUAUAACUCACUCACCUAGUUAUUUUAUUAUUAAUGAAAUUGUUAUGAGUUG